UGACCGGCGAUCGCACCUUCCCUACUUAACGCCUUUCGCCUUCCGCCUCGACUUCUCCUCCACCUCACCUCACUUCACCUGUAUCGCCAAUUUCGAGGUCGCUCGCUCGAGGAGAGAGCAGCAAAGUCGCGGACGCUGCGAGAGAACUUGACAAAACCUUUCGCGCGCCGCCCUUGGGGCAUCACGGGUGCUGGCCUGGCGGCAACACCCCAGCCGACGUAGCCUCCCAGUAGCCCGAAGCACUCCAGACGCGUUUGCGCAAUUGCCGGCCAGCUGACUGACGUAUUGAGGCUGCACAAGCCUCGCCAUCCACAAUGGCUCGCGGUCACGGCCCCGUCCUAGCUUCUGCUAUGGUCGCCAAUCCCUACAGUGGCCGCGCUAGGGACAUUCAGCCGACGUUCACUAUCUGCGAGAUCUGCGACCGUACCCUCAAGACCAAGGAUUGGGGCUCGCACAAGAACUCGAAGGGCCAUAGGACCAAGGAAGAGGCGGCGAAGGCCAAGGACAACCCGCCAGGCGGUACUACUGAUGCUUUCGGCUUCGGCGGUGACGCUGGAUCCGGCACUGGCGAUAGCUGGGCCGGCUCUGGAGAGGCUACCACUUCCAGCUGGGGCGACGAUGCAGGCUUCGGCAAUGGAGGAGACUUCGGCAAUGACGGAGGUUUCGACUCCGGAGGUUUCGGUGCUAGCAACAGCAAGCCUUCUGGCGGACGCGCCUGCUUCAACUGCGGUCAAGAAGGCCACAACAAGGUCGACUGCCCCGAGCCGAUGAAACCCCGUGGUGGUGGUCGUGCGUGCUUCAAUUGCGGCCAGGAAGGGUAAGUAUAUCUUUACAGUCUCUAGGACCCAACUAACACCUUCGCAGUCACAACAAGGUCGAUUGCCCUGAGCCAGCUAAGCCCCGAGGCGGAGGCCGUGCGUGCUUCAACUGCGGCGAGGAAGGCCACAACAAGUCCGACUGUCCUCAGCCCUCUAAGCCGCGUGAGGGUGGU